GCAUAACCACAGGGGCGCACAAUUUGCCCGCGCAGCCCGCAGCUGUCGUCAAGUGUAGUUGUUCGCCUCAGUUGGUCGCUCCGAAUACAUUUCUUUAGCUCCUCGGCUUUCAGUAGGAAGCUAUGGCGGUGUUUAAGAUUCCACGCAAGAUAGAUGACUUGGCAAAGGAGAAGCCGGGACAGCUCUGCGCACCGGACCCGUCUUGCAAUGACCCGGAGGAGGCUUGCGAGAGGUGCAUCGCUAAGCUGGAGCAGACACCGCUGGGCCUGGUGAACGACCAGGAGGCGUUCGAGUGCGCGUUUGUAGCUGUCAGCGGGCUCGAGCGUGUGCAGGCGCAGGAGCUAGUCAAGCAGCUCGCCGUGGCGAUGUGCAAGAACUUGCACACGGUGGCGACGAGCGGGCUGCAGGAGCUAGGCGAGCAUCAGUUCGAGAAGGGCAACCCGGCUGUGGUGGAGCACCUGAGCGCCGUGCAUGCGUACACAUACUUCCUGGCCGUGAUCAUGCAGCACAGCCAGGCCAGCUUGGCUGAGGCCAUGAAGGCGGACGCGCAGCAAAAGGGCGCGGCGCCCAAGAAGGGCCGCGGCAAAACCAAGGCGCCCGCGGAGGACGGCGAGGGCGGUGCCGCGGAGCUGUGGUGGGACAUCAUGGGCCGCAUCGCCCGUGUGCUGGUGUCGGUGCUGCGGGCGGACCUGGACGGGGUGCUGUACCGCGUGCCUGCCGAGAAGUCCAGCCUGCUCAACCUGGUGGUGCAGGCGGUGGGCCGCUGCCUGGGCGAGGUGGGCGUGUUGAAGCAGACCAAGCUGCUGGGCUGGUGCAAUGAUGUGCUGCUGCACACGGCGACCACUCAUUGCAACUGCAUGGACGCAAUCGAGUUCGUGUCCUCGACCCUUGCUGGCCUGUGGAGGAUCCAUGACCAUGGCGUCGAUGUGGCGGUGGACCUGGCGGUGGCAGCUGCCAAGGCUGCCGGCAGCGCGCCUACACGCCUGGGCAAGGCGCUGGUGGGCAAAUUCUGCGAGGUCAGCCCGGAGGCGUACGAUGAAGCCGGCAAGCGCGACGUCGCGCCGGUGCGCCGCGCCGCGAAGCUGCUGGCCAGCAUGGCGGAGAAGCUGCCGGAAGUCAUCCACGACAAGAUGUCGCAGCUGGUCAACUACUUCGGCUGCCAGUCGGCUGAUACCAUCCGCAAGCACCUGGUGGACUGCAUGGGCUCUCUGACGCGAUACUACAUGGGCCGCCAAGCAAACGAGGCCGGCAACCUGGCGCUAAUCACCUCGCGCACUAACGUGGCGGCCAUGAUGCUGGUCCGCGCUAACGACAAGAGCGCGCACGUCAGGAAGGCGGUGCUGGACAACGUGGCGGAGCUGGUGGAUGACGGCAUGUGGGGCCACGACAUCCUGGAGAAGACGGCCGAGGUGGCCAUUAGCCGCCUGGAGGACGGCUCGCUGGUGGCGGGCGCGGCGCUGGAGCUGCUGACGCGGCUGGUGGAGCGGCACAGCAGCCUGGGGGGCCAGCUGGCGGAGGGGCUGCUCAUGGAGAAUGUCGCCAAACUGGAGGCGCAGCUGGAGGACAUGGAGCCCGACGAUAUGGGGCCCGACGGCGAGGAGGAGGAGGGCGGCGGCGCCAACGCGGCCAUGUGGGAGCAGGGCGGCGUGCUGGAUGCCGCCGCCACCCAGACCCAGGCCGGCAUCAUUGAGCCGACCCAGGUGGACGGCGACACCGCUGCGCCCGAGGCCGCCGCCGCCAAGCGCAUCCCCCUUACCUACAGCCGAAUCAAGCUGCUGUUGGCCAUCCUGAACGCUGAGUUGUGCCUGGCGCGCAAGCUGACGGCGGCGCUGCCGGAAGUGGAGUCCCAGCUGGCGUCGGACAGCGCGGGCGUGAUUGAGAGCGCCAUCAAGCUGCUGACGCUGCUUCGCAGGGUCCAGCUGGAGGGCGUGGAGGACGCCUGGCGCCGCGUGUGGCACAUGGUGUUUUCCAACACGGAGAAGGUGCGCAACACCGUCUGCGACGCCUUCCACACCAUGGUCUCACCCGAGACCGAGCCCAAAGACAUGGUGGGGCGGCUGCGCGAGCGCAUCAAGCGGCUGCUGCCCAUGAUGGGCGGCCUGGACCAGCGCGACACGCAGGCGCUGGAGGAGCUGCUGCGCCUGGCUCUGGAGCGGGGCGACAUCCAGGCGGGCACGGCGCGCCAGGCCGUCAAGGACCUGCGCAUGCUCAUCCAGAGGGCGGGCGUGCGGGCGAUGGACGGUGGUGAUGACUUCGCUAAGGACUGCGCGGACGCCCGGCGUCUGAGCCUACUGUGCACUAUGCUGACGCGCCAUGCGCCGGGCGAGGUGUGCCCCGAGGCGGGAGAUGUAGUGGGCAUGCUUAAGACGGCGCACGUCGUGCUCAAGGACGCCGUGCUGGUCCGCGACCUGGCUACAAUCCUGGGCGAGCUGGCGGCGCCGCCGCACCGUACACUGCUAAGCGUGUCGUACGGCCAGUCGCUGCUGUUCAGCGACGCGCUGGCCAACCUGUACAGCGUGCUGCUGAGCAACUACCUGCCGGAGACCGGAGGCGGCUGGGCGGCGGCGGCGCAGGCGGCCAUUGGCGCCAUCUACGCCAUCUUUCCCGACCCGCACCGGAUGCUAGAGCCGCUGCUGAAGGAGCUGACAGAGAUGAUCCGGGCCGGCAGCGGCCACUGCUCCACGGUGCUGCUGACACGAGCGGUCUUCAUUGUCGGCUGCGUGGCGACGCAGCAGCUGGCUCUGGUUGACAAGCUGGCCAAGCAGGUGCGCAAGGAGCGCACCGAGCGCGAGAAGGCCGCGGCGGCGGCGGGCGGCAAGAAGGGUGGCGACGACGACAUGGACGCUCAGCUGGGCACCAGCCAGGCGCGGGACGCGGCGCUGGACGCGCUGCAGGAGGAGCUGGAGGCAGCCAUCCUGCGGCCCGGCGCCGGCCUGGUGGCGGACUGGGGCGCCCUGGUGUGCGGGCUGUGCUGCCGGCCCGACCUGCUGGCGGCGGAUGUGGCACUGGCGGCGGCGGCGCUGGGCUCACUGAGCAAACUGAUGGCGCUGGACGCGGGCUACUGCGAGGCCAACUGCAGCAUCUUCUUCACGCGCCUGACCGGCCGCGGCAAUGUGAAGCUGCCCACGGACGUGCGCUGCUCCAUGCUGGUGGCUCUGGGCGACCUGGGCCGCCGGCACCCCAACGUGGUGGAGCCCUGGACCGUGCGCAUGUUUGAGUGCCUGCGCGACGAGCCCGGCGAGGAGGAGGUGGCGCGCACCUGCCUGCGGAUCCUGGCCCACCUCAUUCUGUCCGACAUGACCAAGCCGAAGGGCCACAUGGCACAAGUGGCGCGCUGCCUGGUGGCGCGCGACCCGCUAGUUAAGGACCUGGCGCUGCGUCUUUUCAACUCCCUGGCUGCCAAGCAGGCCAAGGGCGGAAAGAACCAGGUUAUGCAGUACCUGCCAGAGAUCAUCAGCGACGCCACCCGUGGCCAGCCCAUGGCGGAACAGGACUUCAAGGCAAUGAUGCAGCGGCUGCUGGGCUACAUCAAGCUGGACAAGCUCACGGAGCAGAUCAAAGUCCGGCUGGUGGAGCGCAUGGAGAACGUGGUGGUGGGCACGCCUACAGCGGCAGCAGCUGCCGCCGCGCCCUCCACAGCCUCGCAGCCCGCGCCUUCCGCGGCCUCCCAGCCCGCUCCCAGCGCGUCGCAGCCCGCUGCCUCUGUCGCCGCCGCCACGUCCACCGGCACCGCCGGCGGAGCAGCUGCGGAGUCUGGUGCGGCCGGUGCGGCGGCUCCUGAGGGCGCCAGCGCUGUCGGCUGCACCGCGGUACACAUGGAGGCGGCGGUGCGGGAGUGGCGCGGCAUCGCGGCGUGCCUGGACAUGGUGCCCUACAGCGAGAAGGGGCUGCGCAUGAUCAUCGAGCGUUUCAAAUGCUACAAGCACACGCUGGGUGACGAGCAGGUGUACAAGGUGUUCAAGGGCAUCGCGGAGCACGGCCGCAAGGGCAACCGCACCCCGGAGCUGAAGCAGGAGGUGGCAGAAUAUGAGUCGCGGCUGGAGGAGGCUCACAACACGCUGCGUGAGGAGCAGCUGGCCUACAGGGCCAAGUUGGAGGCCGAGCGCGCUGAGGCGGAGGCAGCGGCCGAGAAGGCAGCGGGGGCUGCUGCGGCUCCUGAGGCUGGGGCCGAGGUGUCGGAGGCCGCUGGCGCAGAGUCAGCAGCGGCCGGCGAGGAGGCCCACGACGCGCAGAUGGACGAGGAGGCCGGGCCGCAGGAGCAGGACAGCGCACCGGAGGCUGAAGCAGUGCCGGGCUGGCAGUCAGAGGCUGGAACGAUGGGCGGCGUAGCCGCUGAGGAUGCAGGCCAGGAGGAGGAGGAGGAGGAGGAGGGCGAGGAGGAGGCCGAUGACCAGACAGAGGCACCCCCCAGCGAGGAGGCAGAGGGCGAGGGCGAGGGCGAGGAGUACGCGGACUGCGACAACGGUGGCGAGGCCGAGGAGGAGCAGGAAGAGGAGGAGCAGGAGGAGGAUGCAAUGGACAUGGAUGCGGACAUGGAGGACACCGAGUGGCAGGAGGCGCGCGAGACGUCCGCCGUCAGUACGCCGCCCAGCCGCCGGGGCAGCGCCCUUGCAAGCGGCGCUGGUGCUGGCGCUGGCCGGCGCGCUGACAUCGGCCGUGACGACACAGCCACCUCAGCAGCGACGCCGCUCGCACACGGCGCGGCGGCGGGUACGCCCAUGGCCAUCACGCCGGCGCCCGGCGAGGCUGCGGACGGCGGCGACGGCGCUGAUGACAUGGCCUGGUCGCCCGCCCCGGCAAUUGCGGCGUCGCUGGCCGCGGCGGCUGUGGCGCAGCCGCCACAGCAGCAGCGCCACGCCGCGCAGCAGGAGAACGUCGCGCCGUUUGGGGGCUUCCGCAUCAAGCCGGAUCCGGAAGCGCUGCAACAGCAGCAGCAGCAGGGGCCGCUGGGGCCAAUGCCUGGUUUCGGUGCGGGUGGCGGUAGCCUUGUGCUCGGGGUGCGCAUCAAGCCGGACCCGGACGCCAGGGCGCAGUAACUUCUUUUUGUUGUCAUAUGUGGACUGGGCACGUGCGGUGAGCCAUGUAGUCCUGGUGAUGAAGAGCUAUGCAGGGUGUGACAUUGGACAAUGGUAGAGGCCAGAUGAGGGCUCAGAUUUUGCAUCUUGGCACUUGGCACUGUUUCACAGUCACGCAGUAGCGGGCGCGGACGAAGGCCGAGCCAAGGCUUGGCCAGACUUUUGGGACCGUGUACGAGCAGCUAUGAGCGUCCUCACGAGUAGUGCGGGGCGUCACAAUGCUUAAUAGUGUGUAAUUGGCCAUUGAA